GGGGAGAGGUCUUGCUCUUUUGCGCCCUCUCUUGCAAAGGGUUAAUUCUCCCGAUCGCACGAGGGGGAGGAGAUUUCCCUGUAGACGAGUAAAAAGCGUGAUGGACAAACGUGCGGGCACUAAGACCGCAAGGCAUUCAUUUCCUCUUACGGUGGAUGCGGACGCCGGGAGGAGAGCCCCUGGUCGAGGAGCUGGAAGCCGAGUCGCAGGCAAUGCUCAACCCUGGAUGUAGCUGAGAGGCUGGGGAAGAGAGAUCGACUCAGAGACCGAGCGGCGGGGGAAGACCUUAGGGGGGUGGGUGGGGAAAGCAGACAGGAGAGCACCCGAAAUAAAGCGCUUUACAGAUUAUUUUAUUUUGUGUAGAGAACACGUAGUGACUCCGAAGAUCAGCCCCAAUGAACAUGUCAGUGUUGACUUUACAAGGAUAUGAAUUCGAAAAGCAGUUCAACGAGAAUGAAGCCAUCCAAUGGAUGCAGGAAAACUGGAAGAAGUCUUUCCUGUUUUCUGCUCUGUAUGCUGCCUUCAUAUUUGGUGGUCGGCACCUAAUGAACAAACGAGCAAAGUUUGAGCUGCGGAAGCCUUUAGUGCUCUGGUCACUGACCCUCGCCGUCUUCAGUAUAUUCGGUGCUCUUCGAACUGGUGCUUACAUGGUGUACAUUUUGAUGACCAAAGGCCUGAAGCAGUCAGUUUGUGACCAGGGUUUUUACAAUGGACCUGUCAGCAAAUUCUGGGCUUAUGCGUUUGUGCUAAGCAAAGCACCCGAACUAGGAGAUACAAUAUUCAUCAUUCUGAGGAAGCAGAAGCUGAUCUUCCUGCACUGGUACCAUCACAUCACUGUGCUUCUGUACUCCUGGUACUCCUACAAAGACAUGGUGGCCGGGGGUGGCUGGUUCAUGACUAUGAACUACGGCGUGCACGCUGUGAUGUACUCUUACUAUGCCUUGCGGGCUGCGGGGUUCCGCGUCUCCCGGAAGUUUGCCAUGUUCAUCACCCUGUCGCAGAUCUCUCAGAUGCUGAUGGGCUGUGUCGUGAACUACCUGGUCUUCCACUGGAUGCAGCAUGACCGUGACCAGUGUCGCUCCCACGUUCACAACAUCUUCUGGUCCUCGCUCAUGUACCUGAGCUACCUUGUGCUCUUCUGCCAUUUCUUCUUCGAGGCCUACAUCGGCAAGAUGAGGAAAACAACGAAGGCCGAAUAGUGUCCGAACCGAGGAGGAAGCCAUAGCUCAGGGUCAUCAAGAAAAAUAACAGACAAAAGAAAAUGGCACAAGGAAUCAUAUAUGGUGCAGCUAAACAAAACAAAACAAAACACACGAGCAGACACAAAACCCGAGGCAGCUUAGGGAUGAUCAUUAGGUUGACUGAACCCAGUAAGUUUAUGACCCUUUUGGGUGAGGACUCACUGAGCGCAUCCCAAGGCAGUGCUGCUGGGUGGGGGAGGGGCACCUUCCCUCUUACCUUCUACUCUAGGACAAACACGAACAGAAGGGAGACAGAAACCAGUGGAAAGCCAGAGUAGGCUAUUAACGCUAUAUGAAAAGCAAAAUGUCUUUACUAAGUGUUAUAUUUCUCUAAGGAUGAAGAAUUUCACUUUAAAAAUUGUGCGAACACAUAGACCUAGACAAAAUGCUUUCUAAUCUUUUUUGACAUGAAACUGGAGCCAGUAGACAUGAUCAAAAUGGAAGAGACAACAGGGUUUAUGUCUAGAACAAGAAUGCUUUUACAAAAAUCAAAGCCUUUUAAAGAAACGUUAGCUGUCGCAGCCCCAUAAAGAAAAGAUGUGUUAAUGGUUUUAUUUUUAAUUAUUUCAUCUAAAAUUUAAGACGGUUAUUGUUUUGCCUUUGCUGCAUAGAUUAGGGCUACAGAACUAUUCAGGGCUCAAUACUUUUCCAAGGUUAUUUCGGGUAGGUGGAAACAGAGCAGGCCAAGUCCUGAAAAGGUGGCUCCCUGAGAGCCGGUAGUUAACUGUGGAGUUGCUGAGGGUUGACCGGUUACUUCCCACCCUGCCAUGGGUCAGGAAGCGCUAUCCUUUGUUCAGAUGCCUCCGUCUUUAGAAGAGUAACUUAGAAUUGGAAAGAUUAAAUCUCAACCAGGAACGUGAAGACUGGAGGCCUCUGGAGCUGGAAAGAUAGUAAGAGACCAGUUGACAGACAACAUAUAUGUCCCUCCCCCUUUGACUUCACACAUACCCCUGACUUUCCAAAGGAAGCCCUGUGGGACAGUCCAUGUUUUCUAUAUUUUUGUGACUGCCUGAUUUGGGAUGAACACUGUGUUUCUCUGCCUCAUCUGCAUUCGCGCCCUGAGCAAUGCAGAGGCGUGUAAAGUGCCCUCUGCUGGCCAAGUGGAGAUACUGCAACAAACACUUCAAUACAGGCUUGGCUGAAAAUCGUUUACAACAAAGGGCUUCCUUGCCCCCAUAAAUUGAUCCUAAGUUUUAAGUGAUAUUAAAUACCCAUCAUACAUUUGGCCAAAUCAGAACACAUCCUUUCUGCUUCAAGUCAGCUUCAGAGUUUUUUUUUAAAGGGACUUUUCACUCUGGAACUCAGAAAAUCAAUUAUUAAGAGCCAUAUUCUUUAAAAGAAAAAAGCUAGAUAUUAUUAUCUGUACUAUUUCAGUCCUCUACAAGCCAAAUAAAUGUGUCAAUGUUCCUAGUAUUUCAAAGAAGCAAUUAUGUAAAGUUGUUCAGUGUGAUACAGUAGCAUUCUAAUUGGUUAAGUAGCUUAAUGAUUAGGAAACUAGAUGAAAAAUUAUAGACUUCUACUCUACAUAGAUUCUACACGCAUAACCACACACAUGCACACAGGUGUGGGUACACUGAACUGCAAUGCCCAAAAUAAUAGGAACAUAAUUUCUGGCUAGCAGAAACUGUUGUUUAUCUUUUUGCUUUAUUUGAGAGUGUACAGUAAAAGGGACCUUCAAAUUAUUUUUAUAUUAUUUUAGCUUUAAUUGUGCUGUCAUUCAUGAAACAGAGCUGCUCUGCUUCUCUGUGGGAGAUGGCAAGGGCUUUUUCAGCAUCUUGUUUAUGUGUGGAACUUCAGAAAAAUAAAGUUUUAUUCCAUUCUGUGUGAAUGGCUUGAACAACGGACCAAUCAGGUGAGAGAGAGCAUGCUGGGGAUGGAAGCUGUUGACAUCUGUGGUAGAUUAACAGUCGGUGGUGUCUUCAAGUUGGUUGAUAGAUGAGACACGGUUAAUGGAGGAAUGUGUUGUUAUUAGGGUAAAAGUUGGCACGAGCUGAGAAGAAAGGUCUGCUACAGCAGCUGAGAGUUUCUUAGGAUACUCGUGUUCUUUGGAGCUCAGCAAGCAUCCAAUACUGUGCAGUAAGCCUUCCUCCCGCCUUACAGCAGAGAGUAAACAGAAUAAUUAAAAUGAGGGAAAGACCACAUAUCAGUUGACUUGAGUUUAAUCAAAAGACCAAUCAGAAGCUCACUGGCUGAUUCAAGUUAAUUCAGCAAUUGCUCAUAGGACACAGGUUAUAAUAUGAAACCAAAACACAUAAACCUUAAAAAGACUAAGCAAGGCUUCCAACGCACUUUAACCUUGAUGUUAGCUUCAUGCUGUGUUCACUUGUAAAAUAACUGAGAAUUUUUGUUUGCAGGUUGAAUAUCUAAUAGUUUUUAAACUAGCUAAAUAUAUCUAAAGGCAUUUCCAAAUGCUAAAUCACAGGAGGAAAAAAAGCCACACAUUUUUAAAAACAAAUCUGGUAUUGCAGGUUCAGUACACUGUUUUUAACAUCUCAGCUUAACUGCUUUCAUUAUAUCAAGAUAUGAGGCUAGACCCCUGGCCCAUGACACAUCUGAAACCCACUAGAGAAUUGACUGCCACAUAGGUAACACUGCUAUCAGUUAACAUUCCAGAAACAACUUGGGCAAGCAAGUUUUUGUAGCUGCCCCACUUAUGCUGCAAAUAGAUUACCUUCCUAUUAAAGAUUUCCAUUGCAUUCCAAUCCCAGCAUGGUGAAAAAAAAUCAUUCCUGGAUUGAAUAAAAAUAAAUCCUUGAUUUCAUAUAUAUGUGUGUAAUUUCAUACACCAAGUGUGAGCGUCAACUCAAAUACCGAGUUCGCAAUGACAUUCUAGUGAGAAACACUCCGUUCAUAUAGCAAGAGAUUUUAUGUUGGCCUUCUAGUGUUGCUAAUAAGAGAACAACUAUUAUUUAUUUAUUGUAUUUAUAGCCAAUUCCAGGCCAAAGUACUGAAUUAAAAUCACAGAUUAUGAUUAUUAGUCUAAGUAAUUUAUUCCACUUUUUCUAAUCAUACUGCACUACAAAAAUUAAAGACUGUAAAGGGAAAAUACAUAUUUAUUGUUUGAGAAGAAAGCAAGUUAUGUCCUCAUUACAACUCCAGGCUUAAUUAAAGAGACUGGUUAGUCCAGUGACUAACAUCUUGACUUCGAGACUUCAUGCGAGUGGAUUUUAGUAGAACUGAAUGAAAAACUAUAGGAACCUAGAACAUUUCUAGGAAGGAGACACACAGGGUUAUUGGUUUGUUUGUUUUUGUUUUUUUUUUAAUCAGAUGAAUUUUCAUGAUAAGCUAUAAAGCCUGUCACAUCAGAGUGACAAAUCAUUCAGAGUCAAUUACACUGGAGUGGAAUGUUCCAGAAGCCUGGUCGUAUUCCCAAAUUGCUGUUUGCCUGGGGAAAGUCAGGAUGCUCGAGUUACUAUCUUACUCUGAUAGAACAGGUUCUUAGAGAUUCACACACCUGAGUCAGCUCCAGUACUUUCUGAGGGCUUUUCUCAGUUUACAUAUAAUGCUUCUUUCAACGUUGAUUUGAGAGAGCCGCUAGGGCAAUGGAGAAAACUAACGAGACUUCACCUCUCAGCGUUCAGAGCUUUGAGUUGUAUGUGCAUAGUCCAUCUCCAUCUCUCUUAGACACAUUUCCCUGAAAAGAUUGCAGUCCUAAAAGGGAACAUUGGGUGAGAAUGUCAGGAUGGAAAGCCCAGUGCUUUUCAGUAGUCAGAUGUGUCCUUUUUUCCCCCAUAUUUUUGUUUCAGUCAUAAAUGUUUUGCUGUGUCUUUGGUACAAUAGCAGUGCCUGUUUCCAUUCUGUGAAUCAUCGUGUUCCAUAUUCUUCUGUCGCUGUUUUUAUAUACAACUCCAAAUCCUUGUGCCUCAAAGUCCUUGCCAUUAAAAAGGGAUGUUAGUAAGAAUAUACAGCAUUUGCUCUUGUCACAUGUGCACAUUAAAAUUACAGCAGAAUAAGCAACAAUGCCCUAUUUUGAUAGUCAGUAUGAAUCACUAGGUCCCAGGUGGCCAAUGAGCCCACAUCCUCUGCUGGCACCUGAUGGUGUUCGACACACAGCGUAAGUGCAGUUGUCCUCGGUGCCUGUGACAGGCUCCAAUUAGAGAUGUGUGAGCCAUGUGGCAGAACCCAGAGCCGAAAAGGCUAGUUAAGCACAGCUACACAGGGCAUUGACCAGCACUCAGAAACUGGUUGAUCAUCCAGUCACUUUCCAGAUCCUCAGACACUGAACAUUCACUGUGCACAGCCGAGCGUCCCUUCCUCCCACAUAGGCUUUUUAAAGAAAGUGACACAGGUUGCUCUGGCAGGACAGAAAGAAGGACAGCAGGAGCACAUUUGAGGUGGGUUUGGGAAGGUCUUGGUAACAGUACUUUAAAUGCAAGAGUCACCAUUCACUGGCCAUCCACACUUACCCACCACUCAUUGUCAAUGAGUCCUACUGAAGUACCUGGCAGACUUAAGGUAACUGGCCCUGCAAACCAGGGUCAAACCACAUCUACAAACCAUUUAGGGCACAACUGAAAGGGCCUGACUCAUGUUGGCAUGUACCUGCUGUUAUUUUGUUACUGCUUAGUGACACCUGGGACUCUUUCUCCUAAUGGACAAAAUUCAAGAAAUAGCCUGAUAGUGCUUUCCAGUUAUGUGAUUAUGUUGUUUCAGACAAGCACCAAGCUGGGGCUCGUGAUGCAGGAAGGUGCUCACUGCUACUUGAAAGACAACUGGAACAUUCAGCUUCUUUGAGGCCCCUGAGCCUAUAUUCAGGGGAACCUCACUCGUCCAAGCCUCACAGAGCAAAUCACAGUAGUGUUGGAAUUGUUAUUUUCAAGUGCUUAUUUCACAACAUUAAAAAAUAUUUUUGGUGUAUUAAGAUUAAAAAUAAAGUCAUCAUAACUUUUGAUUUAAGACCAAA